UGCUCUUGUACCUCGCACCACCCAAAGAACCCAGGCGUCCAGGAUGGGGGCUUCUCUCUAGUCUGGCAGGAGAGGGGUGGUCACCCAGGCGGUGGCAGGGUCCCUGACCCUCACCCUCUGGCCUCCGCCCCCCCGCCCCACAGGCAUCCCACUGCUGGGCUUCCUCGUGCUGGUGCCUCUGAGUAUCCCAUGGGGGCGGCUGUCAGCGGCCUGGCUGGGGGCCGUGCACUACCUGGCCUGCAUCUCGCCCCAACUGGGCAGCGUCCUCUACCACCUUUUCAUGAACCAUGAGGGCGGCCCGGCUGUCUACCACACCCUGCUCACCCUCGACAUGUGCGGCGUCUGCCUCGUCAACACCCUUGGGGCCCUGCCCAUCAUCUAUUGCACGCUGGCGUGCCGCCCGCUGCCGCGCAGUGCUGCCCUGCUGGCCUACUCGGGGCUGUCAAGCUACGCGCUGCUGUGUGCCGUGACGGCCCGCUCCAACGUGCGGCGCCUGCGGUCCUUUGCCUGGCAGGCCCUCUUCCGCUUCUUCUUCUUCUACCUGCGCUGGGCCGGGCUGGGCACUGGGCACCCAUCCUCGCUGCGCUCCUACCUGAUCAUGGACGGGCUGGCCCUCCUGGGGGGCGUCAUCAACAUCUCCCGGAUACCCGAGCGGUGGCGCCCAGGUCACUUCGACUACUGGUUCAACAGCCACCAGAUCAUGCACGUGCUGGUGGUGGUGAGCAUCCUGCACCUCCACUGGGGGGUGGUGGCUGACCUGCGGUGGCUCACCAGCUACGUGUGCCCCCAGAACUGAGGUGGGCUCCCAUUGGCUGAGUGCUGGUGGGCAGAGGUCUUCAGGAUGGCUGGAUCAGCUCCUGUUGGCCAAGGAUUCUUCUGGCUCAGAUCCCAUUUGCCAGGAAUGUCUUCAGGAUGGGCAACAGUAGAGCCCCAUUGGUCAAAGGGUCCUGAAGGUCAACUCCUGCUGGCUGAAGGGAUAUUCAGGAUCAGCUCCUAGUGGCCAAAAGUUUUUCAGCAUCAACUCCUGUUGGCCAAGAAUGUCCUCCUGAUGGCCAGCAACGGACUCCCAUUGGCCAAAGGAUCUUCAGGAUCAACUUCCAUUGGCUAAGAAUGUCUCCCUAAUGGCCAGCAAUGCACUCUCAUUGGCCAAAAGGUCUUCAGGAUCAACUCCCAUUGGCCAAGAAUGUCUCCCUGAUGGCCAGCAAUGCACUCCCAUUGGCCAAAAGGUCUUCAGGAUCAACGCCCGUUGGCCAAGAAUGUCUCUUGGCUGGCCAGUGACAGACUCCCACUGGCUAAAGGGCCUUCAAGAUCAACUCCCAUUGGUGAAGAAUCGCUCCCAGGUGGCCAGCGGUGCACUCCCAUUGGACAAAGGGCUUUCAAGAUCAGCUCCCAUUGCCCAAGAACAUCUCCUGGCUGGCUAACAAUAGAGUCCGAUUGGCUAAGGGGGUCUUUUGGGUGGUUAAGCAACAUACCCCUUAUUGGCAGAGGGGGAGUGGGUCCUCUAGGUACACUCCCACUGGCUGGGGGGAGGUUCUUGGGGGAAGAGGAGGUCAGCCACGGGUUCCCAUUGGCUGACAGGAUAUGCUGGCCCACCAGGGAAGGGCUCUUGCUGACUAAGCCUCGUUCUGAUGUGUCAGGAACAGAUUUCUAUUGGUCGGGGGUGGACCCCCAUUGGCUGGGGGAUGGUUCUUCUAGGCUGCAGACUCUCCUUGGCCAAGACUGCGGUUCUCUGGUGGCCAAUGGGGGUGGGCUUCCAUUCGCUGAGACCCCCUAGAAUCCUUCCAGCUCACCAGCAAUGCUUCUCCACAGGGACUGGGGGGGGGGCGGGCUGCUAGGGGACAGUGUUACAGGGCAAUGGGGGGCGGGGCCACAGUCCCCCCUGCCCCGGCAUAGGCCAGUGCUCAAUAGUCCUCAUAUCCAGGUAUCCUACGGACUUCGACACCAUGCAAUACUUUCUACUUUUUAAGGGCUGCGGGGGCGGGGGGAUGCCCAGACGCCGGGGUCCCAUGUCAAAAUCGGGGUGGGGGGCAGGGGUGAUGAGGUCGACGUGCAAACCAGCUGGUCCCUGGGAAGGAAGGGGGGAGGGGGAAGCAGUUUACAAACAGGGAAGGGUGGAGCCAGCCGGGGGUUUCCUCCGCUGACUUCUGCCCUUCUCUGCCUCAGUUUCCCCCACCCCAGCACACUUCAAACUGGUGGGGCUUUGGGGGGAAUGCAUUGUUCCCCGUGUCUACAGGCAUCACAGCUAGGCCAGGACAGGGGGAUGUGUUCCUGCCCUGGCUCCUCUGGCACUUUGGGGGGUGGGGGCAUUUCCUGCCCUGCCCCCACCCCCCUUCCUCCUCCUCAUUGGGCUGUUUUUAUACUGUGCAUCUCUCUUGCUGCUGAUUGGUGCUGCAUGGGGAAGCAGGCCUCCCUCCCCCUCUGCUGGCAUUGGGGUAACCACCGCGUCACCCCGUUCCAGAUCUUCAGGCCAUUGCAUGGGGGGUGGGUGUGGGGGCACCCAGGUUUGGGCUGAAACCAUCCUCUUCUUUUUCGCUGGCCCCCGCAGGGAACGCUAGGAUUGCUGCCCGGCUUGUUCUGGAGCCUGGAGGUGGAAACGGAGCCAAACUGGUGCUGAAUCCAGACUGGGAGUGGGCGGCCGUGCGCGUGAAGCGGAGCCAGAUUGGUUCCUACGCUGGGUUCCGAUUGAGAGGCUCUGUGUGCAUGUGGUUGUGUGUUAUGUCCCAGACCCUGGGUCCCCACACAUACAUGUACGCGUGUGUGCAUGUGUACAUCCCAGACACCUGGGUCCUGUAUAUGUGUGUACACACACGUUUGUGUGCCAGAUAACAGGGUCUUGUGUGUAUGUCCCAAAUUCCCAGGGUGAGGGUGUGCGUCUCCUAGGCACCUGGGUCCCCCGUCUGCAUGCUUGUGUGUGUACGUAUGUGCAGGACACCUGGGUCUUGUGUAUGUCCAUGUUUGUGUGUCUUGGAUGUCUGGUUGUUGUACGUCCCAGACUCCUGCUGUGAGGGGGGGGUGCGUGUGUGUAAUGGUGUGUCCCAGACACUUAGGUCCCCCAUGUGUAUGUACAUGUGCCUGUACAUAUGCAUGUAUGUCCUGGACAUUUGUGUGCGCAUGUGUAGUUUUGUGCAUCCCAGAUGCCUGGCUCUUGUGUGUAUGUCCCAGACUCCGGGGGGGGGGCAUUGUGUGUGUCUGCAACAGAUUUGGUUCCUGCUCUGUAUUCUAAUAGGGUGAGGGGUGCGUGUGCAGGGGUGUCCCAGACACCUGGGUCUCGUGUGUAUGCAUGCGUGCAUGUCCAAUGUGCCCUGGGUCCUCUGUGUGUGCACACGUUUUCGUGCAUCCCAAAUGCCUAGGUCUGGUGUGUUAUGUCCCUGGGUUCUGCGGGUGGGUGGGUAGGAGUCCUGGAUGCGUGUCCCAGACAGCUGGGUUGCAUGUGUGUGCGAGUGAGUCCUGGAUACGUGUCCCAGACAGCUGGGUUGCAUGUGUGUGCGAGUGAGUCCUGGAUGCAUGUCCUGGGUUGCACGUGUGUGUGGGCUAGGAGUCAGGACUCCUGGGUUCUUUCACCAAUCCAGUCUGGUUGCCGAGGCCACCGGCGUGACCUGAACUACACUAGUUCACAAGUCCAUGUUCAGAGACAGCUCACAGAUGUGGGCCAGGCCAGGUCUCAACCCCGAUUCUGCCUAAGUGUGUGACCUCAGCACAUCUGGAUUCCGAUUGGCUGGGGGCUCCAUAGGCAUGCAAACGUAGUAAAAUCCAGGUUCCCCUUGGGGCUCCAGAUCCACUUUGCAACCAGCAGGCUCAUGUGAAUAGAGCUAAACUGGUUUGCAAUCUGGAUUCCAACCCGGGGCCCUGUGCAGAUGUAGCUCUGUGUUCUCCUCCAACUGGAAGCGAAGCUGUGGCAACACCUCUUUCAUCCCAAACAGCCAAACUUGUUUAGGAACUGGUUCAGUAUUUGAAGGCUGCUUUGAGUGGCUGUGUAGACGAAGUGGUACAUAAUUAAAAUGUAGGGGGGUAGGGCCAUGGGUGGCUUCAGAGAGCGCUAGGUUAUGCCAAAAAAAAAAAAAAAAAAGGAAAAAAAAAAAAAAAGGAAAUGUUAAAAGGUGAAGAAACCAGUUCUCCCAUGUUGGGAGAAAAGGAACGUAUUUCACUUGUGCUUCUCCCGAGAGGGGGGGGUGCUAUGGGGCGGGGCAGAAGUAGGGGGCCGGCGUCCGGCCUCCACUACCCCUCCAUCCAGCCAGUCUUGUCUCCGUUAUCUCAGGGUUAAAAAAAAAAAAAAAAAGCCGAACACGGCCUCGUGUUUGCGCCUUCGUGCUGAAGCGCCGGACGUAUCUUUUUAAACAAAAAAGAGCAAAAUAAAAUUUAAACAAAAAAAA